AUGAGUUUUCCCAAUGAACGACCUCUUUCUGCACCAUUGGGGGAUCUUCGGAGCUUGAAACCUGACUUUCAGGAUGAAGGUCAACAGUCGUUGGCCGGUGAAGAUUCCGGCGGACUUCCACCUCCGACGGACUCUACUGGGUUUAUUGGCAACUCCCAACAGCAUUUCCCGGCAGCAGUAGGACCCCCAGAACAACCGCUUAGCCCACUUGAUGUUGUGAAUGGCCAUGACAGUGAUGAUCGAACUAACAACCGAUCAUCUAAUAAUAUAUGGAGCAAGACAGUGAAGCAAUUGCAUCUAUCAGAGGCAUUGAUAUUACUUGAAACCACAAGUAUUUAUGAAGCCCGCUGUCAAAUGGCUGCUCAAAGAGCUGAUGUUCUUAUACUGACUAACUCAGAUGCAUUACUCAUUGGGAUAUUGACAAACAAGGAUAUUGCCAAAAGAGUCAGUGCUUAUGAGAUUGAUUUGGUGAACACACCUGUGUCAAAGGUAAUGACAAAGAACCCAAUUUUCAUGUUGUCUGAUACUCUUGUUGUGGAAGCAAUGAAAAGCAUUGUGCAAGAACGAUUUAGACAGUUACCUGUUAUAGAGAAUGGGAAGGUUAUUGGUUUAGUUCACCUACUUUUAUGUUUAUUUGAUGAAAUGAAAAAUACGGAAUCUGAAGGUGAAAAUUACGACAAGGUUGUGGAAGCUGCAGUGCAUUCAGUCACUCAUAGGGGCUUAACCGUGAACCUUUUGCCUCGAGACUAUAGCAUCGUUCUACCUGAAACCAAAACUAUAUACGAAGCUUGCUGUGAGAUGAUUGCCAAUUGUGUUGAUGUUGUAGUAAUCACUGGCCCAAAUGAGUUAUUCAGUGGUUUAUUGACAACAAAUGAUAUUGUAUCAAGAAUCAUUCCUUGUGGGUUCGAUAUUGUAAACACACCUGUGUCAAAGGUGAUGAAAAAGAAGCCAAUUUUCGUGUCCUAUGAUUUUCUUCCCAAGAAAAUCCUGUCAAAGAUUGUGCUAGGACAAGGGACACAAUUGCUUGUUAGCGUGAGAAGUGAAGAUGAUGGUUUUAUUUACCGGUCCUUGAGUUUACGGGGUGGUACUGUUCUCCCAACCAUACAAACGAUUGCUCCACCACGUCACCCUAAGGAAUCAACUGAACCUCUUCUAGGUGUUAAUAGCAAAGUGGACUGGGAUGAAACUCAUGGUCCUGGUCUUACACGUUAUGUGCGCAUGAGCAAUUCACCAUAUCCACACAAUCAUUCUUCUGAUAAAUUAGUGGCCCCACCUCCACAACAUACAGAUGUACGUCCCUCGGAGCAAUCAAGUGACCCACUUUCUGGUGUUAAUAAUAACGACGAGUGGGAUGAGACUGAUGCUCCUGGUUUUACACCUUUUGCGCAUUCGAAAAUAUCUCCAUAUCCAAACAAUUUAGUCGCCCCUCAACAACAACAUACAGAUUUAGGUUUCCCUGAUGAAUCAAGUAAUCUACUUUUAGCUGUGAAUGGCAAAAGUUAUGAUCUGACAAACAACAAAUCACCCACUAAUAUUCAGCUUUCAGUAGAAGAGAAGACAAUGAACCAAAUGGGUUUAUCGGAGGUCUUGAUAGUACCCCAGACGAUAACUAUUUAUGAAGCCUGCUGUCAGAUGGUUGCUCACAGAGCUGAUGUUGUUGUAGUCACCGACUCAAAUGAGUUACUCACUGGGAUAUUGACAAACAAGGAUAUUGUAAAAAGAGUGAUUUCUUGUAAGAUGGAUUCGGUGAACACACCUGUAUCACAGGUGAUGUCAAAGUACCCAUCUUGUGUGAUGUUUGAUACUCUUUUUGUGGAUGCUCUUAAAAAGUUGAAACAUAAAAGUGUUACACAAUUACCUGUUAUUCAAAAGAAUGGCAAGGUAAUUGGUUUAUUUUAUGAAAUGGAGGCGUCCGUAACUGCUAAAUACGAGAAAGUUACAGGUUCGAGGAGGGGUCUAAAAGUGAAGCAAUUUCCUCUAGAGCAUACCCUGAUGGUACCUGAAACCACAACUAUCUAUGAAGUUUAUUGUCGGAUGGCUGCAGAAAAAGUUGAGGUUGUGGUACUCAUCGACUCAAAUGCAAUAUUGAAGGGUAUAUUAACAAAAAAGGAUAUAAUAGCAUUAGCUAUUCCUAGUAUGAUUGAUCUUGUGAACACAUCUGUCUCGAAGCUGAUGAAAAAGAACACAAUGUUCGUGUCUAGUGAUACUCUUCCUGUGAAAAGCAUGCAAGAGAUUAUGCAAGAUGUAUAUUUAGAUUUGCUUGUUAUAGAGAAUGGCGAGGAUAAAAAGUUACUUUAUAUGCCUCUCAAAAUUUCUAUUGAAUUUGAUGAUGAUGAAGACGGCCUGUAUGCUAUUUCUGAUAGUGAAGACGAUGAUAUAAAAGCUCUUAACAAGUUCUAG